GCCACGCACAGACGGUCGAGAGUGGAAAGCGAAUUUUCCCGGGAAACGCGUCCGUUGCCUGGAGUCGCUGUGCGCACGAGUGUUGCAUUAAACUGGUAAAAUAUAGAAAUACAUUGCUCAGGCAAAUAGUAAAAUGCCCACGAUUCGCGUGUGCCUGCAAUGGACUUCGGUGGUCUUCAGUACAAUCACCUUGAUCGUUGGCAUCCUGGCGGCCCUGGCCGGAGUCUAUGAGCUGGACGAGUACAGCGAGGGCUCCGCGGAGCACCUCGAGAAGUUCGUGCAACUGGGCAUGGCAGGUGCCCUGAUCUUGGCCGGACUGAUCGGCUGCUUGGGCGCCAUCAUCGGUUCCAUCAAGGUGAUGGUGGUGAACCUGAGUCUGCUUCUAGUUCUGAUAGCCAUGCACAUCUGGAAAGUCUCCCACCACAACGAGACCAAGCAGCUGGACGCCACGGAGGUGUACGUGAUGGAUCUCUGGUUAAAGGAGCUGGUCCACCCGGGCGCCAUGAAGAAUUUGCAGCAGGAGUACGAGUGCUGCGGCAACGAGGGCUCCGAGGAUUACAAGAGCCUAAAUGUGGAGAUGCCGCGCAGCUGUUACCACACCAAGGACGGGAUCCACGCCCUGCUGCCCUAUGGGGAGGGCUGCAUGGCUGCCGUGAAGCGGGCAUACCUGCAGGUCUACCGCUACGAGAAGUGGGCCCACAUCGGACUUAUUUGCUACGAGCUUGUGGGCAUCGUCUUGGGCAUCACCUUAUGCUGCCAGCUGACCAACAAGACUCGUCUUUACACCUACUGACCAACCAUGACAUUUAUACAUAAGCAAUUGCCACUUGGAAGUACAAUAAACAAGCACACUCGAUAA